UCAUGAGUGGACGGCAAAGAACGCUUUUCCAGACGUGGGGCUCAAGCGUUUCCCGAUCGGUUGGGACUCCUAGUUGCAGCUCCGGAACUGAACGGCCUCAGGCCUGCUCAGAGGCUCGUUUAUCUGCCGCGGCUGCGUCUCAGCCGGAGUCGGACGAUGAUGUGUUACUAGUCGCAGUGUACGAGGCUGAGCGGCAGCUGAGUCUAGAGAAUGGCGGGUUCUGCACCUCAGCGGGUGCCCUGUGGAUCUACCCCACUAAUUACCCUGUGCGGGACUACCAGCUGCGCAUCUCCAGGACCGCUCUGUUCUGCAACACUUUGGUGUGUCUUCCUACCGGGCUGGGAAAGACCUUUAUUGCCGCCGUGGUCAUGUACAAUUUCUACCGCUGGUUUCCUUCCGGCAAGGUUGUUUUUAUGGCCCCCACGAAACCCUUGGUGACACAGCAGAUCGAGGCUUGCUACCAGGUGAUGGGUAUCCCACAGUCCCACAUGGCCGAAAUGACAGGUUCCACUCAAGCUUUCACCAGGAAGGAAAUAUGGUGCAGUAAGAGAGUCCUUUUUCUUACACCUCAGAUCAUGGUAAAUGACCUUACUAGAGGAGCUUGUCCUGCUGCUGAUAUAAAGUGUCUAGUUGUUGAUGAAGCUCAUAAGGCUCUUGGAAACUAUGCUUAUUGUCAGGUUGUAAGAGAACUGGUCAAGUACACAAAUCACUUUAGAAUCUUGGCUCUUAGUGCCACACCAGGUAGUGAUAUGAAGGCAGUGCARCAGGUUAUUACCAAUCUACUAAUUGGUCAAAUAGAGCUUCGUUCUGAAGAUUCUCCAGAUAUUUUGCCAUACUCUCAUGAAAGGCGAGUAGAAAAGCUUGUUGUUCCCCUUGGUGAAAAACUUGUAUCCAUUCAAAAGACAUAUAUCCAGGGAAAACAACAAGGCAUAAUUGAGGGAGAGUUUGCCAUUUGUAUUAGUUUAUAUCACGGUUAUGAAUUAUUGCAGCAAAUGGGAAUGAGAUCAUUAUAUUUCUUCCUUUGUGGAAUUAUGGAUGGAACAAAAGGAAUGACACGGGCCAAAAAUGAGCUUAGUCGAAAUGAGGACUUCAUGAAACUCUAUAAUCAUCUAGAGAGCAUAUUUGCACAUAUGUGUGAUACUUCAGCAAGUGACGUUUCUGCUAUCCAAAAAGGAGAUAAAGAUAAAAAGUUUUUCUAUAGUCAUCCAAAGUUAAAGAAAUUAGAAGAAGUUGUAGUUGAACACUUCAGAUCAUGGAAUGCUCAAAACAUCUCCGAAAAGAAAUUUGGUGAGACCAGAGUUAUGAUCUUCUCUUCAUUUCGAGAUAGUGUUCAAGAAAUUGCAGAAAUGUUUUUACAGCAUCAGCCAAUUAUUAGGGUAAUGACUUUUGUUGGCCAUGCUUCAGGGAAAAGCAUGAAAGGUUUUACUCAGAAGGAGCAACUGGAGGUAGUGAAGCGGUUUCGUGAUGGUGGUUAYAACACAUUGGUUUCUACCUGUGUUGGUGAAGAAGGUUUGGAUAUAGGAGAAGUUGAUCUUAUAAUAUGUUUUGAUGCCCAGAAGAGCCCAAUUCGUCUUAUACAACGAAUGGGUAGAACUGGCCGUAAACGUCAAGGCAGGAUUGUUGUUAUUCUUGCUGAAGGACGAGAGGAACGUACUUACAACCAGAGUCAGUCCAACAAAAGAAAUAUUUAUAAAGCUGUUUCAGGUAAUAGACAUGUCCUUCAUUUUUACCAAGGAAGUCCACGAAUGGUUCCUGAUGGAAUCAAUCCAGAAUUACAUAAAAUGUUCAUCACACAUGGGGUGUAUAAACCAAAGAAGCCCUCUCGGAAUGUACAGCGGAACUCAUCUCUGUUUUCCUGUAGAAAUGGAAUAAGGCAAAAUAAUUCAAAUAACUGGUUUUUAUCAGAGGAAGAAUUUAAGUUAUGGAACAGGGUCUAUAGAUUAAGAGACAGCGAUGAAAUUAAGGAAAUAACACUACCUGAAGUACAGUUUGUAUCUUUACAGGAUGGAGAAAACACAUCAACUCUACCAACUCUUGGGAUUCAUCAGCUCUCUCUCUCUGAAUGGAGAGUGUGGCAGGAUCAUCCUUUUCCUACACAUCAAGUUGACCAUUCAGAUCGAUGCCACCAUUUUGUAAGCAUUAUGCAAAUGAUAGAAGGAAUGAGACAUGAAGAGGAUGAAUGCAGCUAUGAAUUGGAAAUGAAAUCUUAUUUASAAAUGGAAGAUGUUAGCUUGGCAUUUAGCAUUCCCAGGAAUGACUGUAAUAAUCUUGCCAAUGAUACCUUAACUACUCACAAGAAAUCUUCAUUUAUAAAGAAUAUAAAUCAAGGCAGUUCACUUUUAAUGACAGAAUCUGAUGAGAAAUAUACUGAAAUUUUUAAAAAAACUCACAUCAAACCUACUAAAAUUGUUUCUGCAACUAAAGAAACUUCUAAAGAAACGACAACUAAAGAAACUUCUAAAGAAACGAAGAAAGACUGGCCUAAUAAAGAAAAUUGUGAUGAUAUUAAUUCUUUAGAUACUGACAGAAAUUCUACUGUUGAAACUAUUUUUCAGGUAGACUUAAUAAAUGGUAAAAAGACAGAUGGAAUUUCUGCCACAUGUACUAUUCAUGAAAAUGGUGUUAAUGAGCCAGGUGUCUUAGUAACAGAGGGUCAGUUUACAAAUAAAUCUAGUUCUUUUGCUGGAAAUUUUUUAGAUUCUGGUUAUAAUAGUUUUAGUGAUGAGAAAUCUCUUUCAUCUAAUUUGUUUCUUCCAUUUGAAGAAGAGCUUUAUAUAGAUAGAACAGAUGAUMAAUUUUAUAAUUGUCACUCAUUGACAAAAGAGGUACUUGCUAAUGUAGAGAGAUUUUUAUCUCAUUCUCCUCCACCUCUCAGUGGAUUCUCAGACUUGGAAUGUGAAACUGCUAAGGGUUUUACAUUUGAGAAUUUGCUUUCCCUACCCUAUGCAGAGCACAUACUAAAUUGUAAGUCCACCUCUUUGAUGUCAUGUUCAGCUAUGAAUUCUCAACAAAAAUUAGGAUUGGAUUUACUUAAACUUAUCAAUCAUUCUUCAGAAAAAAGUUGUCUCUUUGAUGCAUCUAAUGAUAAGAUUUCUGAUGAGUCAUGCUUCAGUGGCUUUGAUGAUAAAGUACAUAAAAAUAUUAAAAAUGAAAAUAUAGUGACUAACAACCAUGUUCAAAUAUACACAAAUCCUGCGAAGAACUUAGUUGACGGAAAUAACUGUGAUAUUGUUAAAAAUGACCUUCCAGUGUUGUUAACUAAUCAGGAUGAGAGUUUAUCACUAUUUGAAGAAGGUAAUGAAGAGUUUAAUGACGUGAGCCUUUCUCCUUUGAAGAGUGAUUGCAAAUCUUUAUGUGUGUCAAAAAAAACUGUUAUAAGUGAAAUGGCUCCUAUCUCACAGUUUUUAAUUUCUGAUGAACAUUUAUGUGAUAAUUCUCAAUCCCAAGAUCAAAUUAUUAGUGGUACUAAUAGCUGGAAGUCUCAUGAAGAUUUGAAAGMUAUCCAUGAGGAAAAACGGAAGAGUGAUCAAUAUGCUUUUGAUUGCUCUGGGGAUUUAUUUUCCAUUACCUUUGAUUUAGGAUUUUGUAGUUCAGAUUCUGAUGAUGAAAUAUCAGAACAGCCAUCAGAUACAAAUAACAGUAGACUUCAAGAUGAUAUGUCUGGAAGAAAUGUAUGUAUUAAGGAGGCAAAGGAUACACAUUAUGUCUCAAAUCAACCAAGAGAUCAUGUUAGAAAAUUUACCAGUGGAGCCAUACCUAUCCCAUCAAGUGAAGAUAUACACAGUCCAAAUUUUGUACAUUUUCCACUGACUGCAGCAAAGGGUAAAGAAUUUGUAUCUCCUGGAUUUUCUGAGUUUUCUUUGCCAGUACGAGAAAAAAUUAUGAGUACACCACUUUCUAAAAACACAUUGAGCUCACUUUCUAAGAUAAGAGAGGAUAUGCUUAAGAUGCCAGAUUCCAAUAAGGAAGAAGUAAAUCUACAACGUUUCAAAGAAACAUUGGAUUCAGUUUUUGAUGGUUCAGAAUUUUCUCCAGAAAAGGCUAAAAGCAGUGAUCAAAUUUCUCUGCAUCAAUUCUGUGAUUAUUCUGCUGAAGAUGAACCAUUACUAGUAAGCAAUGAAAGUGAAGAUGAUGAGAUUUUCCUAAGAAGUAAAAAACGAAAAGGAAAUGUUUUAGAAUCACCUGAAGAUCAGAAAAAUAGUGAAGUUGAUUCUCCAAUUCAUGCUGCCAAAAAGCGCAGGUUUCUUAGAGUAAAUUCUGAAAUGAGAGCUAUUUAUGUGAAAUCUUUGCGUAGUCCAUUGAUGAGCAAUAAGUACAAAAUGAUCCAUAAGAAACAUAGUAAUGUAAACAUUUUCUCACAGAUUCCUGAGCAAGAUGAAACCUAUUUAGAGGACAGUUUUUGUGUUGAUGAAGAAGAGUCUUCUAAAAGCCAGUCAAGUGGAGAAGAAGUUUGUGUUGAUUUUAACUUAAUAACUGAUGAUUGUUUUGAAAAUGGGACUAAAAAAUAUAAAACCAGACGUGCAGUAAUGCUAAAGCAAAUGAAGAUGAAACAAAAUUGUGCACGMUCAGAAAAGAAAUUAUCCAGAAUCAUUUUACCAGAUGAUUCAAGUGAAGAGGAAAACAAUGUAAAUGAUAAAAGAGAAUCUAGUGUUGUGGUUAACCCAAGCACUGUUAACAAGAAUAAACAGGAUUUGAAUUUAGAGCCUUCUGGAUCUUCAUUGCAGCUCCAAGUUCUUCAUAAUACUAUAGUAAAUCAAUCACCAAAGCAGAAACAACGGACAUCACUUAAUUCAAAGGAUACAGUUUCUGAAACAUUGGACUUCAGACCUCAGAGCCAAAAUCAAAUCAAAUCUACCUCACCACCAUGCACUACUGUUGCAUCACAGAAAGAAUGUAGAUCAUUUCCAACUCAGUUAAAGGUUUGUAGUACUUUGCAGGAUUCUAGAAUUUCAUAUGGUUUCAGUUCAAGACCACAUUUGACUGAGAUUCAUAGUUCUCUUAAAAUUCCACAGGAAGGAAAAAGAACCUGUAUUCUUGUAGACAGUCGUGAAAUCACUUCUGGUGUAGAAGUUAUUUCUUCCUUAAGAGCAAUCCAUGGGUUUCAAGUAGAGGUAUGUCCUCUUAAUGGCUGUGAUUACAUUGUGAGUAAUCGCAUGGUGGUGGAAAGGAAGUCUCAAUCUGAGAUGUUAAAUACUGUCAAUAAGAACAAGCUCAUCGAGCAGAUCCAGCACCUACAGAACAUGUUUGAAAGAAUAUGUGUGAUUGUGGAAAAAGACAGAGAAAAAACAGGAGACACAUCAAGGAUGUUCAAGAGAACAAAGAGUUAUGACAGUCUGCUGACCACCUUAAUUGGUGCUGGAAUUCGAAUUCUUUUCAGUUCCUGCCAAGAAGAAACUGCAGAUUUGCUAAAGGAAUUGUCUUUAGUGGAACAAAGAAAGAAUGUUGGUAUUCAUGUUCCAACAGUGGUAAACAGUAGUAAAUGUGAGGCACUUCAAUUUUAUUUAAGUAUUCCCAAUAUAAGUUAUAUAACUGCAUUAAAUAUGUGUCACCAAUUUACAUCUGUGCAAAAGAUGGCUAACAGCUCACCUCAAGAAAUCUCCACCUGUGCACAAGUGACUCAUCAAAAAGCUGAGGAGAUCUAUAGAUAUGUUCACUACAUAUUUGAUACGGAAAUGUUACCAAAUGAUCUUAAAGAUAGAUUGAAAUCUGAUACAUGAUCAGAGACUACUCAAGAUGCAGUUAUUGUACUCUCACRAUUCUAAAUGCACUUCAGUAAUCAUUGCUAUGGUUUG